UUUUCCUCUCUCGAGAAACUCAGUCCACAAUUGAUAGCUCCAAAACAAUACAAGACUUCUGCGUUCCUUGGACUGAUCAAAGGAAAUAGAAACGAUGUCAGGUCCCCAGUGCUGCUCCAACCCGCCAACACUCGAUCCUAGCGCCGGCUCUGGCCAUGUUGAACAGCUCGGUGGCUUACCUACCUACGUUUCUGGUUCCUCCGAUUCCAAGCUUGCCAUUAUUCUCCUCUCCGAUAUAUUUGGCCAUGAAGCUCCAAAAUUGAGGAAACUCGCAGACAAGGUUGCAGCAGCUGGAUUUUAUGUGGUGGUCCCUGAUUUCCUACAUGGAGAUCCCUUUUCGUUCAAAAAUGCUGAUAGGCCUCUACCAGUUUGGAUUAAGGAUCAUGGAACGGAUAAGGGAUUUGAGGAGGCAAAGCCAGUAAUUGAAGCUGUAAAAAGUAAAGGUGUUUCUGCAGUUGGGGCUGCAGGUUUUUGCUGGGGUGCUAAGGUCGUGGUUCAACUUGCCAAGUAUGAACUUAUUCAAGCUGCUGUGAUAUUACAUCCUUAUAUUGUCACUGUGGAUGAUAUCAAGGCUGUUAAGGUUCCAAUUGCUGUACUAGGAGCUGAGAUUGACGAAAUGGCUCCACCCGAACUCUUGAAACAGUUUGAACAGGUCUUAAGUACCAAACCUGAGGUGGAUAGCUAUUUUAAGAUAUUUCCGAAAGUCACACAUGGUUGGACAACCAGGUACGAUGAUGAAGAUGACGGCGCCGUGAAGUCUGCUGAGGAGGCCCAUCAGGACCUGUUACAAUGGUUUGUUAAGUAUGUCAAGUGAUCAUAUUUCCAGAUGAUAUUGAUGACCCAACUGGGGGUCAGGAAUAGAAAUUGGAGUUUAUUUAGAUAUGGAUAAAUGGUCUUGUACCUAAGGGCACCAUUGUUAGUAGAAAUGUUUAACUUGAAUAAUUGAAGUAUUGUAUGUUAUUUGGAUCUAUUAAGACUUAAAGAUGUAUCGUUUAUUUAUGUUGAGAUUAUUGGAGGAUUGUGGACCCCCAUAGGUUUAUGUUAUUUUGUAAUGAUGACUUAUGGAGUUUGUAUUAUGGUUAUUUGGAAAAUAUGAGAUUGUGUACUAUUUAUGAAAUCCUUGGAGUUUU